CCAGGUACACGCCCUUUGACUUGUCAGGGAAAAGUUUUAAGGAAAGAGAGAAAAAAAAAAAAACUAAAUCACGGAAGAGAUUCUGCUGUCCUACUAGUUUGGCAAGUUCUCUAGGCUCAAAGCGGCGUAGAAAAGGCGGAGAAGAGGGCAGAAACUCAAAUUUGCGCACAUUUAUACACAUCUCUUUUCCCGCAGACUGUAUACGAGAGAGGAGUCAUGGAGGCUGCCAUUCAGACCCUGGUGAAGGUCUUCCUGAAGUCGGCCAAAGGAAAGGAGAGUCUAGGAAAGAAAGAAUUCCAGGGCCUUGUCAAGAACCAGCUCUCCAACAUCCUCUCGGACACAGACAGCAAAGAGGCGGUCAACAACAUGGGCCAGGGACUGGAUGCCGACCAAGAUGGCAAAGUUGGCUUUGAGGAGUACAUGAAGCUGGUCGGGUACCUGGCGGUCUCACUCAGCGACCAGCGUAAUCUCGCCAAAGAGGAGCCUGCCCAAAAUUCUGCAUCCGGUCAAGUGGCGCAGUCAAGUGCCCCGGACAAAGAGGAGAAGAAGCCAGAGGCAAACGCAGGAGCAAAAGAGGAAGCAAAGCCAGAGGCAAAUGUGGAGGCAAAAGCGGAAGCAACUGCUGAAGUAAAGGCAGAAGCCAAUGCAGACCCAAAGGUAGAAUUAAAGGUAGGCGCAAAGGCAGAGGGGGCGACGGAGCCUAAGGCAGCAAAGGUGGAAGAGAACCCAGCAGCAGCGGCGAUGGCGGCGGCAGUAGAGGAAUCAGCAUCAGCAGUGGAAGUGGCUGUGAAAGAAGUGGUGGAGGAAACAGAAAAGGUGGAGGAAGAUGCGGAGAAGCUGGCUGCAGCUGUGGAGGAAGAAGUGGAGAAGAAGAUAGAGGAGGCGACCUCAUAGGGGACAAUCCAUUCCAUCACAAAAAAAAUUACACUACACGCUUACAAUCAACACUACACAAAACACAGCAUUAAUGCUAAAAGAAGUUGGUAAGCCACUAAAGAGUUUUUUUUAAUUCACACAACUUUGAAAUACAAAAUAUCAGUAAAAGUUCAAACACUACAAUCCCAGCUCUGAAGAAACCCCACUCCUUAUGAUAAAUAAUACAUCUACAUGACAGAAUUAUUGCUUUGUACUACUAGUUACCACUAUGUUCAUGUGUACAGCAUGUGCAUCCCACUAUAUAGCACAUUUACCUCAUUACGAUAAUAUACUAUGAUAGCAUGCAGACGUACACUAUCAUAUGCAUGCCAUAUCCCUGUGAAAACCUAACUGCAAAAUAUAAUUUACCUGCAAAGUGUCACUGUAUGUUAACACACCACUGCAGCCAAGAUGUUUAGUUUAAAUCCCCUGCUCUCCCCACUUUUAUCUUUAUCUGGGUCUCUUCUGCAACUCUACUUACUGUACAUUGGGCUUUGGUAAAACAUCAGCAGUGUACAUCUUGCUAUGCACUAAUGUUUUAAAAAAAUAGUUGGACAUUUUGGGAAACACACUUAUUAGCUUUCUCACCAAGAGUUAGAUGAGACAUCUAACACCACUCUUAUAGGUCUCCACUGAAUAUGAAGCUACAGCUAGUAGCUGGAUAGCUCGAAUUAACAUGAAGCUCACCUGUAUCUGUUCGAAGGCAAAAAACCUGUCUACUAGCACAUCUUUAGUUAUAUCUGGGCAGUUUUAAUCUUGUUCACACUUUGGUUUUAUAUAACGAGAUAAUUUAUGAGCUUCAGAGGUGCUGGACGUGGAUUUUGUUGCCUUUAGACAGAGCCAAACUAGCUGUUUUCCUAAUCAGCUGCUGGCUGUAGCUUAAUUUUUACCACACAGAUAAGAGAGUAGUAUUAAUCUUCUCUUCUAACUCUUGGCAAGAAAGCUACUAAUAUCCCAAAAUGUUGAACUAUUCCUUUAAUGGUUGCGUGAAAAUCUGUCAAAACCCUAUAUACAUUUUUUACAUUAAUUUUUUACAUCUUUUAACUCACCAUGCUAUGGAGCUGAUUUGGCAUGACAAUAAACAAAUUGUUUUGCUGGAGCUUUGCAUUAAUUCAGCUCAUCUCAGUUGUGUACUCAAUAUCACAUCACACCCUCUUCUUUCUCUCUUCCUAGUCUACUUCAUGUGCUCUCCUCUUUCUUUUUUUCCUAAAUUUACAGAGGUUCACUUCAUGUGGAUCCUACAGUAUGUUCUCACUCAAAGUCAGCCAUGGAUUAGGAGCUAGAAGAUCAGGUGUGUCCCUUGGCUAAAUAAUUAAGGUUCAAGAGUGGAAUCCACACCAAAGGACCCUUAUGGUCAAGAAGGGAGCCCAAAAUAGUCCCAUGGGAGUGGGCUGGUGACUAGAGGAGCAGGUCAGAGAAGGUGUUCAUGCAACCUAAUCUACCUGGAUUAAACCUGGUAGAGAAGAACAAGAUAACAAACACCAAAAAAAAAAAAAACAUAACAGGUGUCACUCGGUGGCAGUUAUCUCAAGUAUUUUUUGAUGCAGGUUUUUACUUUUUGAUCCAUGAAGGUGCUGGACGGUACAUUAUCACCUGGUGGUAUACUGGAUUGGAGUGACAGAAACUUGACCUUUGUUUAAGAGGCUUUCUUUAAAAUUGCUUAUUGUUUCUCAUUGUUUUCUGCUGGUCUUAGCACCACUUGUUCAGGCUUGCGUGUUUGUGUGUCGGUCACACCCUCAUACAGUUUAAAGACCCUGUUUGACCUGCAACUGGAUCCUUGAGUCCCAGGCAUUGGGAAACUACUGGAUUAGGCAUUUGAUGGGUAACACACCCUGGGACACAAACAAUUACAUGAAAGUAAUCCCGGGCUCCGGUGAUCCUGCCCAUCAGAUGAGGUGGUACUGUCAGAGAGAUCAGUGUCAGAGGUUGUGCUUAUUUUAGAAAAAAAAAAAGAAUACUGAGCCAUCAAUAUGAAUUUAUGUGGUGUGAUCUUUUACAAUAAGACGCAAUAAGGCGUUGCAUGCUAUCGGAAACUUAUUUGCUAGUAUUACCAUUUUAUUGCAGUUAUUGUGGCCAAAUAUUUAAGUAUGACACGGCCUCUUUAUAUUUAACUCUUUCUUGUUUGGGCCACUAUGGACACUUGAAAAUCUGCUUCUUUCACAUGUCACAUUAUAUGCAAUUUGUUAAUUACAAUUUAAUGAUUUGUAAAUUGUCUCAUCAUCAAUAAUGCAGCCAUGAGAAAAAGGCUCGUGUUGCAGGCCUGCUGUGUAACAGGACUGCCUGGCCGGCCGCAUGGUGCUUAAGGCACACACAUUUUGGGCACACUACCAAAUGUGCACCUUAUGCAAUGUAACAGCACCUGGCACUUCAAACUGCUCAGCAGCAAAAUGGGCAAGACAAAUAAACCUGAGUCAUGUGGUCACCCUGCCUCACUGCGACACUCCCAUUGCAAAUACUCUCUCAUUUACACUCACUCUGCUCAGCCUUUAUACUCAUUGUACGCUGUGUUUCCUGCAUGCUCUAUUACUAACACACUUAUUAUACAUUUUGGGCUAUUUAGAAUAUUAAUUUUUUCUUUUAUUAAAACCUAUAAUCUUUUUAUAUCAAAACAUUUUCUAAUCAUGGUACUUCCUGUGAAUAAUGAAAACAUAUCACUCUCUUGCACCAUCUACAGCCAGCUUUCUGUUCAACAUUAACAUAGGCCUAUAUACGUACCAUACUGGCAAGCUGCAUACCAUAUUUGCUAUAUUUGCAGGCCAGGCAUGUUUCGUGUAUCUUUGUGUUCUUUGUUUGCUCUAAACCAAUGUGCACAAGCAAAAGUAUGGAAAGAAGAAACUGGAUAAAGUGAAAAUCAUUUUACUGGCAUGUUUUAAAAUGACUUAUCUUGCACUACCAACAGAUUCCUGAACAGGCGUGGAUUAAACAUCAUCUGGAAAUUAUUUUAUCGCAGCUAAUGCUUUCUUUUAACCUAUUUGGAAUAGCAAAUGGAUGGAAUGAACUGUUUUCUUUCAGAGAGGUUGAACUGUCUGCCCUGGCAGUUUUGUUACUGUCCCGUAGUGUAAACCCCACCCAACCGUAACUCCAUGUAGAUUAAAAACAUGCUGGAACGAAACACAGCAGAUUUGCAGCAGGGAGUGUUUGCAUCCAGAUUUUCAUUGCCACACAAUAAGUCUCAUUCAUUCUUUGACACAGUAGAUGAAGAUAAAAGCCUGUGUUCUCCCAGUGAAAGUGUACAUACACGUUAUAUGGAUGUGCUUUAAAGGCUCAUAGGGUCAAAAUGUUUUGUGAUUUUGGGACCAUUCCCAGGAUAUUGUCCAGGCUGUCAUCAUCGUGUGUUGAUGUACUCUGUUUAUUUCUUGCCAAGUACUAGAGGGUGUGUGUGUGUUUAGCAGUUGGACUUAUUUCAGUCCACUGUCAUGUCCAGUAAACUCCACUAUGCUAGUGUUUUAACUUCAUAUGUAACGCUGUAUCAUUUUUGCUUAUUCUAUGUAACAUUUGUAAUGGCUAAUAUUGAAUAAAACUGUGACGAUAACAUA